CGCGUUGACGAUGCUUGACCCCGUGAAAUUCCUCGCUAAAACAAACGGGUACAGGCGAUCCGGAAACAGUCCCAUCGUACAGGCCGGGCAUCGAAUGUCUUCGACACUCGUGCCUUUUGACACGCCGGAGGAGGAUCUCCCGGAUAUAGCAAAGAGAGUGAGACAGAGUUCGGCGGAUUGUCUUCCAAUGCAACAGACCUCAGGUGGUGGGAGCCGGCGUCGAAAAAAACAGAGUCAGCCGCGUCGUCACACUGAGGAAGGGGCGCGAGGUCCUUCUGUCGAAUCGGCCCGCUUGAAGGAAUGUGCAGGACCAUCUCGGCAGUCCGCCCAGCAACGCGGAGGCACCCCUGUCGUCACAUCCUCAAGGAAGGGAUCGGCGGGUCGUUGGGCUCCUGAUCGCCAGGAGGGCGAUGGAGGUGCGUCCAGGAGGGCAGCCCUGCGGGAGAGGAGCGAGGGAUCAGACGAAGAAACGGAGGACGAUUCCAGGAUUCAUGUCGAGCGGAACGCGCAGGGUAAUCUUGCCGUCGACGAUGAGCAAUGUGGGUUCCAAGAGGACGAUGCCAACGAGGACAUAAGCGAGCGAGAGAGAGAGGGCGAGAAGCGUGAGGACUCUCUGCCCCACUGCGAGGACGGAGAGUCUCGACAGUUUGAUGGGGGCGAGUAUGGGGACGGUGGGGAAAACGAUGAAGACUGCCUUGCCGAUGAUGAGGAUGGAGGGGAGGAAGGGUCCGAUGAUAUGGAGGUCGAUGAGGGUGCAGGAGAUCGGUCGGAGGGCAACGCGCAGGAAAGGAAGCGGCGAUCUUCAACAAGUCCGACGAGGGCGGCAGAUAAACGCGCUGCUAAGAGACUCACAGUCGCUGUAUCUCGAGAGGCACUAAGAACUUCUCAAGAGGCGGCCACAGAUAGCGUGAAGAACAGAAAAGGGAAGGCAUCAACCAGAGCGACAAAAGCGGAGAAACGUCUGAUGAAAAGAAAGCAGAUGGUCGACGAGGGUGACUCCGGAGAAGACGCCGAAGGGGUUGCUCCUAGGGCUCCGUCCGAACAGACAGAGCGUUCCUCUAACAAUCGAUCUGUCACAGUGGACAAAACAAAGUGCUUCUUCUUCGAGUUCGAUAAAGAUGGCUACGCGAGGAAGGAUCGGGUACACAUUCAAGUGGAUGUAACGAAGAUCUUGCCAAUUCCGGAAGGUGACAUCCUCUACAACCACAGAACGUUGGACGAAACRUUGGUGCAGUCCAUAUACGAUGCGAUCCAUAAUGCGGCCAAGGAAACCAACGGCAAGUGGGAUUUCAUGACUUUCAUCUUGGCCCCCUAUGUGCCCAGCCGGGACGGCUCUCAAGGUAGACAGAUCACACCACAGGAAUUCGACGUCGAGGAGGCGCAUACGUACCACUGGUAUGCUGUUGCCGGCCAGCACACGGCUGAAGCUAUGAACAGACUCAUAGUGGACAAGUCACCGGUCGAGAAAAGAUACGGCUUGAGGUCAUAUUCUCACGUGCGUGUUGUCUACUUUGACGACAACACAAAGAGAGGAUAUCCGUAUGUCUCAGCAUUCGACAACACAAGGGAAGGAUGUUCUAUCCCGCGAUCGUUUUCGUCGGAGGUGCGGCAAAUCAGAACUUAUUGGGAGAAGAGGUGUGGCCGCAUCCGUCCUCCAGGCACCGUGUCCCCGAAUGACGUGGAAGGAUUGAAACAAAAAAAGAAGUGGGAAGAGUUCAUGAAUGCCGCCUGCAAAAUGACACCGGAUUCCAGUCUCGUGACGUCGUCCUUGAAGAACGAGUAUUGCAAGGACUGGACGAACAAGAUGCGGGGAUACAUGAAUCUUGCGCAGUGCGGCGAAACGGUGUGGCCAUUGGUGGAUAGAUUUUUAAAAAUGUACGAGGAAGGGCAGCUGCCAAGAGUUGACAGUGUGAAAUACAUCGAACUGUCGGGGAAAGUGGAAGGGAGGCUGCUGGGGCAGUACUUUGUCAAGGACAACCCCGGGAAAAAAAUCUUGUUCCACUGCAUCAAGGCCAAAAAGGGGCCUCCACGCGCAACGGUAUCUAUACCGGACUUGACGCCCUCCAUCUUCAAGCUGUUUGGGGAUAUGAUAGCGAGAGAGAAGCAAGUGGCGCUACACCACAUAAUGCGUGCUGAUGUUAUCGUUACAUCACGUAUGGUGCCGCGUGGAGGGUGCAACAUGGCGGACCUAGUACAAUAUACUCGGCGAGAGAGAUAUAUGGUCCGCAUGUUCAACUACAUAUUGUUCAAGGUCGAGGAGAGGUCAAAGGAUGACUGGAACGCAGACUUCUUCAUCGGUUAUACGGCAAUCAUGGAGAGGUAUAGCAAAAACGGCCUCACCGACUUGAAAUGGAUCGAGGAACGCGACCGCAUCCCUGACGACAAGGCGAGGAAAGUGCCGAGGCGUUUGGGCGGUCCUGAUAAGAUAAAUGGCGAGAACGGUGCGGGGCUGGAGGCAACCCAAGCCAUGUACAAGGAAACCCCGUUCCACCUCAAGUGUUUCAUCUAUGAGGCGAUCGAUCGCUUGGACGAACUCAGGGCUGAGGUAAAUCGGAUGUCCUGCAAUGCUCGUCACAUCUUUUGGGAAGUUGGGAAAAGGAUCACAACGAUCAUGUCAUAUGAAAUCGAACCGAAGGGAGUGCUCACUGAUAACGAGGAGGUUGUCGGUACGGCGAGGGGAAUGAGGAUACGAGCAGCCAUUCUUGAUAUGUCAACAUCACCCAAGCGUAUUCCGUGGGAUAAUGGCACUUUUUCCAGACUGCACGAUUUCCUCAGGACGUGUUGUGGCGAAAACUGGGCAUUAAUCAUUUAUGCGCCGAUGAAGCACCAGAGACAGGUGAUGCAGAGUGUGUACAAGUGGGACGAUGUCGAGGUGCUCACCGGGUCUUGGUACAGAUACUACACACCGUCCACGACCGUGAACAGGUACGGCAACAUUGCGGUUCGGUACAUUGACAUGAUGGCUAUUGUCCUCCACGCCGAGAACCGCAACUUGAGCAAUAUAACGAUUGCGCCGAAAUUGCGAGCGGAGCUCACAAAUUUGAACAUUGAAGAGGGUGAAUUUGUGAGGUGCUCAGGGGAGUGUAUCGGUGUGGAGGGCGACACUGAAGCGGUUUAUUCUUGGAUGGAACGAGAGCCUGCACGUCUCUGGAAGCUAUGCAGCUCGUUCAUCAGGGAGGAUGACGGCGUGAUGCUGCUGGGCAGGGCGCAUGCGGGAUUGAUAUGGGAACCGGCUAAGGUCGGACACCACUUGUUUGCAUGCGACGACACGACAAAGGAGCUCACCUACCUUUCCAAGUUCUUGGAAUUCAACGUGAAGGACCCGAGGAACAAAUGCAAGUUCGAAAAGCCCCAAGUCGAGCACCGCAAGGACUGGGACAUAUACUACACGCUCGGUAGGAAAAGGGAUAAAGUGUGGGCUUACUUGUUCGGUGACGCUCCACAGUCGGCAUUUGAUAAUGACUACGUUCUCAGGAAAAGCAAAAUCGAGAUGGCAAUGAACGAGUACCACGACUCCCACAUGGGUGUUUUCCACAUGUUCGUCGCACGUUGCGAGCAUCUCUAUUUCAAUAUGAAGAAAAGAGCACUGAACAGCCGGGACUAUGCAGACUUAGCACGUAAAGCGGGCAACUUCAACAACAUCGAUUGCGACGAAGACACAUCAGACUCCGACCUGGACAUCCCAUCGCGCGCAGCACGAGGUGAGGUGGGGGGAGCGCCUGGAGUAGAGCCGCAGGGGAGCACCAAUGGACCUGCGGAGAGGCCGAGCUCGAGCAUGGGAGCAACACAUGCAAAUGAGGGGAAUGCGGAAACAAGAAACACCGGAAGUGGGAAAAGGAAUGGUGUAGCGAUAAACCCGGUGGGUGCAGGUGAGGGGACAGUUAACUCACAGGGCAACAAAGGGGGGGGAGAGAAUGGGUGCCCAAUGGGCCCGCCGACAACCGGACCAUCAUCGACACGUGGAACGCAGGCGGAGCAAAGAAUAUUCAUGUCCAUGGACACCGAUGACAAUGAAGAGUUGGACAUGACAGCGAUCAAGCCGAAGCUCGUGCCAGGAAGACCGUUGCCUCAAGGAUUUGCCCCGAAAUCGUCGGUGCCAUACUUGCUGCAGGACAAGUACAAAGAGUCAUCGGAGGACAAUUGGGGUCAUCAUAUCCUUUGGCAUGAGGGUGUGUUCGAACCGUGCGUGUUCGCAGGGACAUGGCAGAUGGCUGUGAAGACAAGAGACCGAGGCUGGGUCGCAAAGGAGAAAAAGGACACUGCGAUAUGGCACAACGUGAUGGAGACGCAAAUUCAUCGACGAGUUUUGAAAGAAAACGACGGUUGGAGCGAGGAGGCUAUAGCAGCGAAGGCGAAAGCUUUGUUCGAGCAUCUGCGCGCGAACAAACAACUAAAAUUCAGCACAAAGUUUUACGACCUCCCAUCAAGUGUGUCGUACGGCUCCAUCGAUUGGAAAAUCGACCUGCCUCCUGCAGCGCAAGGAAUCGAUAGCGUCACCUCUCUAAGGGCUGAAGACGUUAUCGCAUCUAACACCAUUGUUGCGAUCGCCCGAGGGGACGCUGCCUGCGAAACGGACACACGUGCGAACGCAGGCCAAGUGCAGAAUAAACAGCAGCAAGCAUGUGGUCAACAGCACUCCACGAAGCGCAAUGGGGGAUACGACAAUGAUACUUAAGGACGGCGACGACAAUGUGAUGGAGUCCGACGCAUUGAUAGAGCAGCCAACAGAGGGGGCCAACGAAGGGACAACAAACGUUGGUUCUUUCC